CGAAAAUUCGCAUUCGCAUAGUCUUGCGGGCCCUCAACGAAUAUCAUAUCAGCAUGCGAAGUGGGUGUUGGGGAUUUUAAAACAAUAUGGCUGCAGUUCUUCCUUCUUCCGAUUCCGCAGAUGUGGGAGUUCGUCUCAGCUCUGUAAGUCAGUGCCUUGUUUAACGCUGUCGAAGUCAGAUGCAUCCGAAUACUAAAACUGGUUUAUUUUUCAGCUGAGCCCGAAGUAUUUGCAUACGAAUUCGACAAGUCACACUUGGCCUUUCAGCGCCAUCGCGGAACUCAUCGGUGAGCUUAAGUUUUGUGGAUAUUCGGCGCGAAAUUGUUUAGUUUGGGUUCGUUAGAUUUAUCCCUGGUCUUGUUUUUUUUAGACAAUGCCUACGAUCCAGACGUAAAUGCCAGCCAGUUGUGGAUAGACGUAAAAAAAUAUAAUAAACAUCCUUACUGCUUAGUUUUCACUGACAACGGAGCCGGCAUGGGUCCCGAGAAACUACAUAAAAUGCUUAGGUAAGCUUAGAAUGUUUUCCUCCAGCUUCUCCGAAUUUAAAUAAUGGCUCUUCAUUCAUUUUUUUAACUUUUGAAUGCUCACAUGGGGAUUUCUUCUUUAUUUUCCCAGCUUCGGGUUUUGCGAUAAGGUAAGAUCAAGAUUGAGAGUUUUGCCCUAUUUCGACGUUGCGUUACUUGGUACAUUCUUUGCAAUCGUUUACAGUUUGACUUGACUUGAGUAAAUUUUGGCCGGGCGUAAUCAUCUUGUUAUUUAAAUAUGAUUAUAUUAUCAGGUGGCUAUGAAGGGACAGCAUAUGCCAGUCGGACACUAUGGCAAUGGAUUUAAGUCAGGAUCGAUGCGGCUUGGCAAGGAUGCAAUUGUUUUCACUAAAAACGGUGCUACGCAAAGCGUGGGGUUUCUCUCGCAAACCUACUUAGAAGCCACAAAAGCGGAGACAAUUGUAGUACCGAUAGUAACUUGGGAUUCAAAUGGAAAUAUCCUUUAAUAGAGAAUGGAAAGUUUAAAUUGAGUGUUCCGUAGAUAGUUGUGAAUGAGGAUGGAAGCAAUUGUGAUCUGUUUGUUACUUCCGCCAUGUUGGUGUUCGCGCGAAACUCGAAUUUGGCGCCCUAUAUUAUUUUCGACGGAAGUGAUUAUUUUGUGCAGUUUAGAGCUACGGUACUUGAUGACUAGUGAGAGUGUCGUGAUGCAGGAUUUCGAACCUGUUGUGGUUUCCUACUUUUAAAGGUGAAUAUUUUUUUUAAAUUCUUUGAAGGAAAUCUAUUUGCCAAAUAGUAAGUUCAAGGGUGAAUUGAAAGACUUAAAGAUAUUUUCCCACAGAUAUUUCACCUUAAAAUUAAAAAGAAAAAACUUAAAUAUAAUUUAAUUAAAGAUUGUUGAUAUUAUCUAUUUGUAUAGAGAUGAAAUAGCAAAUAUGCAUGUCAUUGCUGCCCACACAGGGCAGCUACCUAUUUUUGUCUUGAAAGCAUCUAAGAACUCAAUUUUUCAGGAAGGUUGUUUCCCUGUUUGUGAGCAGUUCCCAGUCCUUACCACGUAGCACCCUAUGCAGUGAAGUAAAAUGGCAGCCAAAAUUUUAUGUGAGAAUUGUGUGAGUGCUUAGAAAGUGAAAGUCUGUGAUUCUUUCGGAACACGCUUUAAAAGGAAAUGGCGAUAAACUUGUUAUAGAGUUUCUUAGCAAUCUUGAAUCUGCAACCUCUUUGUUAGACCUUCGUAAGUGUUAGGUGUGAGGUUGAAGUCGAAAGUCAGACGCAAGUGUGAGGGACAGUUUAAUAUUUUCUGCAACGUAGCCAGUAAGUUACUCAUUUGCUUUUCGUGUCACUGUUGUAAAGUUAGAUACUUUGGGAAGGUAGUGAAUGUUAAGGCGCGAUUAAAGGGGAAGACAAUGUUCUUUCCUGUGUUUCUCAGGACUGUCGUUCCAUGAGCUCAGCCAGUUAUCAGCUGUGGAUCACAAUCAACACAAUCAACCAAAUCUUGUCACAAGGAACACAAUUUUAAAAGCAUUGUAAACAAUCAACUCAGCAGAAUUGUUUUUAGCAGAUAACCUUCCUAGUAUGUUCACUACUUUUUCUAACAAGGUGAAUGGAACAACAAGGCGAACAAAAUGAAAUACAAUAAUAUUACUGAGGUCAUAAUUUGCCCUUGCAGUGAGGCGAAUGAAACAAACAAAUUGCUGACCGAGGUGUGUUAUGUGCAUCUUUGUCUUAUUUAUUAUGAUAAAGUAUAUUUAUAUUUAUUUAUUAUAAAUUCCUUGACUUAUCAUAAAAAUUGAACCAAAGUCAGACAAGGAUAAAGCUCUUCAAGACAUCCUGACAUACUCAAUUUUUAAAUACAAGGAGGAAUUAUUAGCUGAGUUUGCAGGAAUUCAAAACCCCAGUGGUACCCGUAUUAUUAUAUUUAAUGUUCGAUCAACUCCUGAUGGUAAACCAGAGUUUGAUUUUAGCACAUCUGAUGACCUAAGAAUUCCGGAAGACACUGACUUGGCCAUUAGCAAACUGAAGAAGCAAGAGAGACAAAACCACAUUCCAGAGUCUGAUUACUCUUUACGGGUAAGUAAUUUAUUUAACAAUUAGCAAAUAUUAAUGAAUAAGGUUCAUGAAUAUGAUGUGAAGAAUUAUGCAGUCUAUCCAGUAGGGUGUCCAUCAUCGGCAGAUAACACCCUCCAUAAUCUGUAGAAUUCUUCAGAUCAUACAAAAGCCAAAUCCAAAAGUUUUUGUUUUAUAAUUCAUUCACGAUAUUUCUUACUUUAAAAACAUGCUUAUGUCAGUCGAUGUUAGUUCUUGUUGUCAUUUGCUUGUUCUUCUUCAAAACAAGAUAUAAACAGAUGUUUAAUAGUUUAGCACUGAGAUUUUCCUCAAAUAGCAGUUGUCAUCUGUUGAUUUGUAUUUUUGCCUCAUCAAUUGCAUUUUGUUUUCUAGGCUUAUUGUGCAAUUCUUUACUUGCGUCCCAGGAUGCAGAUUAUUUUGAGAGGUAAAAAGGUGCGCACCACAGUCAUAACAAAGAGUUUGAGUAAAACAGAAGUGGAUAACUAUCGGCCUUCAGCUGCAGUACGUGAAGCUAACACAAGUACACUUAGUCUGGGAUCUGUAUCCUAUUUGAUAUGUAUAUGAACUCAGGAUCAGUACCGUCUUUGUUUAUUUAUUCAUUAUUAGUUUGUUUAAGUGAGCAAUUUGGUACAUGGACAUGAUUAUCCUUUUGAAGUAAAUUUUUUAUUUUUAUUUUAUUUCUAACACACACACACAUUACAAUCUGUAGAGAAAAGAGAAAUGGCGAAAAAGAAAAGAGACUAUAAAAGCUCACGAGAGACUUGGUCUCCUUGAACUACAGACAGUAAUGUUACAUCAAGUGAAGCAGAUGAUGGGUAGAGAAAAGGUGGAAAAGAUAAAAGAUAAUUUUUCAAAACUAUUAAGUACAAGUCAUAAACAAGGUGCUUUGAGCAUUGCCAAAAUUUGACAGUUUCAACAGGUGUCAGCCAUUCACAAAACCUACAUUAUUUGUUUUUGUAAUUUCUAGCCUGAUGAAUUUCUUCAAAAGAUGGUUGUUAUCUUCACUCCCAAGGGAUGUAUUCCAGUUAUUUCAUGUUAUUUGUUGAUAAUCUGAGGGUCAGUAACAAAACAUGUUUGUAUAACCCAGGGCUGUUAUGAAGGUUUUCAGUGGCUAAAAUAUCAGCCUGUCAUUUAUACCACAAACUACUGUAAGUAAUUGGCUGAUUUUACUGCAGUAGCCAGUUAAGAAAGCCAGUUGCCAGAUACUAAUGACAAUAACCCUGAAGACCCGAUGUUUUCACUUUAAAGAGUAAGGCCUUGAUUUGAAGAUCUCAUAUCCAAUGUCAGAGGUUUUCCUUGGGGAAGGCAUGUCCCAUCCUCACACUGUCCUUAUUCCUGGUUUUGAGGUUUUUGUAAACUUAACAUUUUCUCUCCAAGAAAAAGGUCUUCCUUGAUGAUGGAGUGUGAGUUAAUGACAAUAAUAAUUAUAUAGGCCUGCCUCAGCUACAGUGAAUUCAGUAAUAAAGAGGUAAAAAGUCAAAUGGAUUAAAGUUGUUUUCUUAACAAAUGUGGCAACAUGACAGGUCAAUAAAGGAGUAAAAAUAACAUUUGGCUUCAGUCAGAACAGGAACCAUUAUGGUAUCAUGAUGUACCACAGAAACCGGCUUAUUAAACCCUAUGUGCGUGUGGGCUACCAGUUACGGGUGAGUAAACACCAUCUGGUACAUAUUCCUUGUCUUCAAUUAGAAUUUUGAGUACAUUAAAUGUUACACAACAUUAACUUUAUUACAUAAAGUAUGAAUGUCACACCUGUAUUAAGAAGCCACUUGUCAAAGCUCUGGAAAUAGUUUCCCUUGAUUGCUAUAAAACUGACCUCUAUUGGUCCUAAGCUUUCAUACCUCACAAAAUUGUACUUGGCAGAAGUGAAAGUCAUUGAUAUUAGAAGCAAAUUUUUGCUAUUUGUUGUAACUUUAUCAAGACAGAGUCAAAUUGAUUUCUUUCUAUAUAACUUACAAGUAAUCAGUGAUACUUUAUUAUUAUGAUUGUUGUUAUUUUAAUUAAAGUAUUAUAGUGAAACCUCUAUUAAGCGAACUCCUUCGGGACCUUCCCAAGUGUACACUUAAUAGAGGGUGUCCACGUGAUAGCGGUCGUAAAAAUUGUGCAGUGUUUGUUAACAAACAACAUUUAAUGGUUACUCUGUACUGUUAUAAAGUUGCAUGUUGUUAAAUAAGCUAUCCAAAGUUCAAGUUCAUUACCUUUCAUUACCAACUUUAAUUAGUUUGUAAAUGCAAAAACAUUAACUGACUUUAGUUCAUAUUUCAAGGACAUCAAUCCAAUAGUACUAUUGUCAAUUCAGUCCGGUAUCUUCUUAAUAGGGUUUUUUUUAACAAUUAAUAGAAAUUAGCCAAGUACAACUUAUUUUAGUGCCCUCAUAUAUCGGCUUAAUAGAGGUGUCCACUGAACAGGAGUUCAUUAUAAAGGGAAAUAUCAGACGUUCGUUUCAGGACCUGGCUUAGUGUCCGCUUAAAAGAGAGGUUGUCCUAGGGGAAGUUCACUUAGUUGGGGACCGCUUAAUAGAGAUUUCACUGUAUAUAUUUUAGUUGAAAGUCCUUAGUGAUAUGUUUUAUUUGUAAGUAUAAACAUAUAAGUUAAAGGAAAUAGUUCUUUACAUUGACUGACAAUUUUUUUUUCUGUCAGGCUAAUAACUUUGGUGUUGGUGUAGUGGGUGUUAUUGAAUGUGAUUUUCUUCAACCAACUCAUAACAAACAGGACUUUGAUUACACCAAAGCAUACAGGUACUGUACUUACACACUACUUGUAGGCUUUUGUUGUAUGACAUGUUAAUUAAUCAAGGAUCAAUACGUACAGUACAUACAUUUAGUGGAGAUCCUAACAACUAGAAUUAGAAGUUGCUUUACCAUAUGCCUGAGAAUAUGAUGGAGAUGAACAGAGAAACCAAAAGAGGACAAAUUUUUAUUUGUGAACAUUAAUUUUGUCUAACCUAGCAGUGGAAUCAAUGAGUGCAGUCAUUUAUCUUUGUGGUGACUGCAGGCCACUGAACGAGAAGCAGGGGUUCAAUAAUUGUUGAAGGGAGUAUCCAAAUAAGCUCAUGUAGGGGGUGGUUUGCGAUCAAGCUAGUAAGGAUAUCAGUUGAUAUUCAGUGAAAGAAAAGAGUGGUUUGCAGCAGAGAAACUCACUGGAGUUCAAUUGCAGGUGCCAGGCCCUAGUUGUUCAAAAGGUGGAUAGCAUUAUUUAUCUAGUGGAUAAUGCAAUAAUUGCAUUAAUUAUUGGUUUUCGGAACACUUAUCCACUGGGUAGUGAUUUUUCUGGUGGAUAGCGCUAUCCAACUUUUAAACAACUGGCCUGAUCUUUAUGAAAGCCUUGGAAAACAUAUUCAUUUUGGAUGUUUUUUAUGGUUGUUUUCUUUGUUAAGAUUUGUUUGAUCAUUUUCAAAUCCUGUGACAGCCAAUUGUCCAAUGGCAGGGUUAAAACAACUGUGCUGUAAAUCAAAUGACUAUAAAGGCCCUGUUAGUGUUAGAUUCUGGCAAGUGUCAUGGGCUUGAAACAGCGAUGUAAGACAGAUGAAAUGGAGACAAAAUAAUGACAUGAAGAUCGGUUGAAACUGACAAUCUCAAAUAUAAUAUGUAAUUCUGAAAGCGACAUUUACAAAAUGACUGGUUUUGAAAUUCAGACUAGGGACUUGUGGUCUCCCCACCAUCACCCCACCCCACCCCCCCUCUCCUCAGAGCACCUCUUAUCUAGGCAAAGUAUGACAUGGGGCGUUUAAAUGUACAGGAAAGUUGUGACUUAGUCUCUUCAUGUUUUAUUAUCAAUCUACAGAGCUUGUAUUGCUGCUCUGGGUUCCAAGCUAAAUGAUUACUGGUAAGGUUACUAAAUUUGGUAUUUGUUGUCUUUGGUUAAAUUAUUUUAAAAAAGUGCUCAUUCACACUGAAAUUUUAUGUUUUAUUGCUUUUGUUUUGAAAUGAUAAUUGACAAUGACUUCCUGUUGCAUUUAUUUUUCUCUUAUGAAUUAGGAAUGAAAAGAAGGGUGCACAGCGUCCCAAUAGCAAAGAUCCCAUACCCGAGCCUGUGGAAGUUCAGUAAGUAACAAGUUUGAAAUGAUGAAUAUAUCAAUUUCAAAGAUACAUGUAUGCAAAGUUACAAGCUUGUUUGUUGCGCUUCUGUUUGCUUUGUCGCCAUCAUGAGAUCAUUAGUUGGGUAAGGGGUGCCCUCUGUUGAUUUUAAGUGUGCUUUUGUCUGUGGUUACAGAAAUUUUAUUGUUGUCCUCGACUUUGUUCUUACUGUGUAGGCUUGGGCUGUGCAAUGUUCAAAGGGUAGUAUUCUACCAUGAGAAUCUUUAGAAAGGCUGUUAAAAUGAUAUUGUUUACCUUUCAAUAACAGUUUAGGGCCUCGGGGAAUAAUGCUACUUACCAAAAUGUGUGGAGUGUUGUUUGUCAGCCGGUUGGCUUGCAGAUUGUUACAAUGGAGUUUACCCUAAUUACCCUAAAUUAAUGUCUUGUAUUUCUCUUUACAACGAACCCCUAUUCAGCGGACACCUCUAUUAAGUGGACGCAGACACUAAAAUAAGGUGUAUUUGGGUAAUUUCUAUUUUUAUAAACCCCUAUUAAGCGGACACCGGACUGAAUUGACAAUAGUAGUAUUGGUUUACGUCCUUGAAAUCAGACUGAAGUCAGUUAAGGUUUUUGCAUUUACAAAUUAAAGUUGGUAAUGUAAGGUAACUUAAGCAGACACCCCCUAUUAAGCGGACACUUGGGAAGGUUUCACUGUAUAAGGCUGUUAAAAUUUUAGUGUUUGCCUUUCAAUAACAGUUUAGGGCCUCGGUGAAUAAUGCUACUUACCAAUAUGUGUGGAGUGUUGUUUGUCAGCCGGUUGGCUUGCAGAUUGUUACAAUGGAGUUUUCCCUAAUAUUAUUACCCUAAAUUAAUGUCUUAUAUUUCUCUUUACAACGAACCCCUAUUCAGCGGACACCUCUAUUAAGUGGACGCAGACACUAAAAUAAGGUGUAUUUGGCUAAUUUCUAUUUUUAUAAACCUCUAUUAAGUGGACACCGGACUGAAUUGACAAUAGUAGUAUUGGUUUAUGUCCUUGAAAUCAGACUGAAGUCAGUUAAGGUUUUUGCAUUUACAAAUUAAAGUUGGUAAUGUAAGGUAACUUAAGCAGACACCCCCUAUUAAGCGGACACUUGGGAAGGUUUCACUGUACCUUCAUUUUUAGACUACUCCCAGACCAGAUAUGGGUGCAGUGUGACAACCCUGAUUGUCUUAAGUGGCGCAAGUUACCUGAUGGCACUGUUCCUGACAAACUGCCAGAAAAAUGGUAUUGUAAGGAUAAUCCCAAUCCCAACAUGAGAUCAUGUAAUAUUCCUGAAGAGAAGGAAGAGGAAAUUGAACAGCCAUAUGUUAAAACACAAAAGAAACGCUUGUGAGUACUUUUUUCAAUUUUUUUUUUUUUUUUGGGGGGGGGGGGGGGGGGGAAGGGGACCAUUAGCUUUUUUUUAGUUUUUGGGUUUGAAAAUAUUAGCUUUAAAACUGCAUCCAAGGCCAGAGCUCGAUCAAACUAUCCAGGUUUCAAUGCAUGACUUUGAGGUUUGUUUUUGGUGGGAAUUUAUUAUUAUGGAGCUCAAACAGACAUGUUUUUGAGUAAUGCUUGUCAACCGGAAGUGAGCCUUUUUCUAGUUUAAUAUGCCUUGUUGCUACCAAAUUUGUAUUGCUAAGUAUUUUUACUCUUUUAGAGAUGGUUUGCCCAAAUAUUUGUCUCAAAAUCACGGCUCAAGAGUACAAAAAUUCCACGUCCAGUUUAUCUGUGUCACUAAUUAUCACUAACCCUGAUUAUUUGACAUGCUGAUUAGGUUAAUUUGGGUGGUUGAACCUGGAUUCCAGGUUAGACAGUUUUUAUUCAGUGGGGGUACGUGGGAUUUUGUUUUAACGGAAAUUUUUGUAUCACCAUCUAGCCAACCUUGUCACUUUUAGUCUAGAUUACCCUCCCUUGGGACAAAAAACAGCUUAAUAAUAGAAACAUUUUUAGUCAAACGAGAUUACAGUGUUUUUAUUUAGACUUUUACCUUACUUGUGUACUUUGAAAGUUGGAUUUCUUAAAUUGAUUAAAGAUUAAAUUGAUGAUAUCUUACCACAGGGAAAAAGAGAUGGAGGAUAGAAAACGUAGAGAACGGGUAAGAAGAAUAUUAAAUAUAAUUAUUAUCUAUUAUCUUGAACACUGAAAACUGCCUCCUCUCUUUUCUUUUUGAUGACUUGAUUAAUACUGUUAACACUGGUUUGUUUGAACAUUACUUGAAAUGAUUGCCUUUGGAGUUAACUUAUGUAAAAUUAAUAUUUUGUAAGGAGCAGCUCGUCUCUAACUAUUUGUUUAUUAUUUUGUUGUUGUGCAAUCCAUGUACUAUUAUAUAUACAUUUGUGAGACAAAGGUAGGCAGUUAUUUUAAAAAGAACAUGUUCCAUUUAUCCUGAAAAGAAAAAUAAUGUUAACAUUUUGACUGUCAGAAUAGACUUUUUAGGACAUUUCUAUUUGUUUUUUGUUUUGCUGAAGUUUCACUGUUUACAGAAAUGGAUGUUGCCAACAUAAAAAUGAGAAAUUCUUCUUUAAGUUUCAACCCUUGGUUGCACUACUCAACAAACAAAUUAUGUUCAAAAAGUGAUGUUAUGAUUAUUAGAAUUUUUUUUUAAAACUAUUGAGACACACAUUAUUUUCAACCUACAGUUACACUUUGAUAGUAAAAGUUUGUUUUCAUUUCUUUUCUUUUUACCAGGAAGCCAAAUUAAAGCAAGAACAGGAGGUAGGGUUUACGAGGUUUUUUGUGAUGUAAGACAAGUAUGCCAUCCAUUAGAGAUUUCCACAAAUUAUGUAGUUUAACUUCACUCCAACAUCAUCCUUUCUUUGAACCCUGUUACACCCUUGGAAAAUGCCGCUCAUUUCUAAGUUUUUUUUUAAUGCACUGGUUUCUCAGUAUUUGUUGGAGAUCAGACCUGCCUGCCUCCAGCACAUGUGGAGGGGGUUUCAGACACAACCCACACUGAAGUGUCCAAAAUAAAACUGUGGAACGUUUUUCUUGUACUUUGUACACGAUAAUCUGUUUGCUAAAAAGUGGUUCUAAAUCACUCUUAAUAAUUAAUUCAUCAAGACCUCUAAAACUACAAGUGAAAAUGUCACUAAUCUGAGUUGAUACUGGUAUUUUCCGACUUGUUAUUUUAACUUUCUUUGGUCCAUGUUUCAGGCAAAAAUGUUGCAGCAGCAGCAGCAAAAGGAGUUAGAGAAAAAAGAAGCAGAACUACAGAGGUAUAUGAUGUUUGCUUUCCAUCUAAUGUCAUUUUUCUUUACUUCACUAAUUGAGUACCAUAAUAAUAUUUUAUCCUUUAUUUAAACUACUCUUGCUCCCACUUAUUUUCUUCCAUUUGGGGUUGUAUAUGUUAUGGUAUUUUGAUCAGCUAUAUUAAGUUUACACAAUGAAAAAAAUGUUCAGAAUUAGAGUAUUGGUAAUCCUCUUACUGUGCCAAAUUCUUUGCAUGUCAGGGAACCGAAAAUGGGAAAUUUGUCAGAUUUUGUCUUUCACAUGGUUUGUUGUUUUAACAGAACACAUGAUGUUCUUUUUUGAUCGAGUCUCAACAAUCUUUUUCUUGUGUGUUUCUUAGAUUAAGACAGCAGCUGGCCGAAAUGGAAUCUAACAAUGAAACAUCAAUUCUUCAAUCAAUUGAACAAAACAGUGCCAAACAACAACAAGCCAUCAGACAGGUUAGACUUUACAGAAAAUAACUGAGUAAAUUUAAAUACAACAAGUGAAAUAUUUUGUCACCUUUUUGUUUUUGAUUUAGAUACCCUUUUCAAGGGCUAUAAACAUGGUUUGUUUUAAUGAUUGGCCUUAACUAAAUCUGUUAUAACCCUUUACAGUACUUGCAUGUUAACUAACAUUUUUAUCAUGAGGAAAUGUGCGGCCUUCAGCUGUAUAUUAAUAAGCUGUAAAAGAGAAAAGUGCCAGGAAAAGCUAGGAAAAAUGCCCAGAAGUUGUCAGUAGAAAUUCAUUUUUGUAACCUUUGACAUGAUCUCAGCACCCUGCACACAAGUGUUAAGAAUGCAUACUUAGGCAGGUGAGAGUGCGUGGUUUUUUUGUUGUUGUUUGUAGACAAAUAACAAUAACUUAAAAAUCUACUCAUUAAAAUCUGAUGAAAUUAAUUGGCAGAAAUCCUGUUCAUAUUGCACUUCAGACAUUCAAAGCCUCAAAAUACAUUUUGAAAAAACACGUUUUCUGACACAACCAGCUUUCUCAUGAAAGCUAUUUUCUUAAAAAAUUCAAUAGCUGAUUGUUACAACAAUUCUUCAAGUUUUUUUAAAAAAGGAUGAGGGCUACUGAUAAAACUGUGCAAAUUUAUAGGAAAAUCUCAUGACUGGUUUUUGCAUAAAGCUAAUGAAUUCACAGUUUUAGGCUUCUUUUCAGUCAUCCAUGUUUCCAUGGCAAUGAUCAAAAUCUCACUCAUAACCUCAUAAGUUAAUGUCAUGUCUUUUAAAUAUUAUUUUGUCCAUGCCAAAUUUGAGCUUGGAGUUGCAAUAAGUCCUGAAUUACACCCCACUGAAUGUUAACGAUCCUCAACCUAUCAAACUGUUCAGCAACAACAUGCAAACAGUUUUCAACAAUCAUGGUAAUUUUAUGCCAAAGUGCUCAGGACCGAGAUUUAUAAACAUGUAUUAAAUGUUGAUUUACAUGCAGUGUAUGUUGUAUCUUCUUCAUGAUUAGAAGUUGUAACAAAGUUUCGUUAGUAACUAAUGCUGAUCAUGUAACUAAAAAAAUGCAACAUUUCUGCAGCAAUUUUCACAUUACAGAUAGUAGGUGUCUAUUUCUGCUGGUGAAGUGAAUGUACCAACUACUCAAAGGUUGUAGGUUUAACAUCUCUCAGACUCAGAGACUGAACUCUUUAUGCCUUGUAUGCUGUGUCAUGAGUAAAGAUAUCCUGAUUUACUUUUUUUUUCCAGAAAUACAAAAUCCAUCAUCUGAAUCUGGUGGAGUUAACAGUGUCUUUUAUAAUUAUUUUUUUUUGUAGCAGGUAAAAGGGGAGCAGAAGUCACCUCAACCUCUCCGAAUAAAGGUACAUUCAGUUUCUGAUUUUACUGCUGCUGUAAUCAUCAAGGAUUUAUUUUCUGGCCAAAAGAAAAUUUUAUUUUUCUUUCAAAAACAAACCAGGAAAUUCUGAACAGGCAAGAUUACACUGUACAGGUUGGUAUAUAGGCCCCUGCUUGGGAAGCUUAUCAGAAUGUAGGAUUCCAUGAAUCUUGCCUGCUGCCAGAGCCGGCCCAUAUAUAUUUUUUUAUUUCAAAAUUAACUCUAUUUUGUGUAUGUUGUGGUUCAAUUUUAUCCUUGGUUUAAAAUUUAUUUUCUUUCGUUUUGGGCAUGGUGAUGCCGUAUGAUAGUGAUUUUGAAACUAAAGAAAAUACAAUUUAGACCAAGGAUAAAAUUGAACCACAACAUAUACACUGAUUUUAGUGAAAAGUUGCAUUAUUAACUUUAUGUUGUGUUUUUGAGAACAAAAUAGGGGAGGUUGUACCACUUGCAAGGGACUUUGUUCCCUACUCUUUUCAGUGGGUUCCUACAGGUGACAUUUCCCUGUGAGUUCUUAACUUUUUUUUUCCUUCUGUUGAAGGUGGGGCCACCACAUUCAAGUGGUUUUAAGGUAAAUACUGCUUAAGGAUUUUUCCAUUUAAAUUUUUGCUUCUUUUUGCCCAUUAAAGUUGUGGAUAUUUAGUAACAUGGUUUAAAUUCCAUAUCCAGUUACUGCUAUUAACAACUGCUGAUAUCAGGGAAUACAUGGUUAGCAAAAUAAAAUUAUAAUGUACAGCUGUAAUAAAAAGCUAUCAUACGAUACUGAGUAAGAGUUACUUGUAAGUCCUAUGACAGAAGUACAUCCUGGAUAACCUUUUUUUUUGGAAAUGUACAUUUUGAAAGUUUUCAUGAACAUUGUAAGUUAGUGUUUUUUAUGCCCAAGAAGCUGGAACCAUUAUGAGAGAAUUUGCUAAAAUAUGUGGAGCAGUAGUAAUUAAAAUUAUUUUCUUUUAUCCAUUGAAGUCAACUCCUGGGAGACCAAUCUCACAGGCAUCUCCACUUCGUACCACCAUGGUGACGUCCCAAACAUCAAAUUCACCAGCAGUUUUAACACCAAACAGAAAACAACCACAGCAGCAGCAGCAGCAACAACAACAACAACAACCAGCUAUCAAGGUUGUUAAAGUAUUUUCCUCCCGUCCUCCUCCAUCAAGCCAGGCCCCAACUACUGGAAACAAACCACUGGUCCAGAUAGUUCCGAGUCCCCAUGGAAACAUCCUACAGCAGAACAACACAGACACGACAACGCCCAAGGUAGUAUCUGUACAGUCAUUACAGUCGCCUGCAGCAGGCAAGACACGACUUGAUCAAUCUGGCCAAGUUACAGUUCAAAAAUUAGUGUUAUCAUCAGGUCAUAAAAUUCAUCUUCAAACACCAAUUUCUCAGCAUGUAACUCCUGUGUCUACCAAUUCACCAAAAUACCAGUUGAAAACUGUACCACUUCAACUGACACAGCCAGUGCAGCUACCAAGAACUCCUGCUGUCAGUACGCAAAAUCAGCUCCCUGUGCAGCACGUUGGUACACCACUAACAUCACCUGCUGUGCCGAGCAGUUACAAACCAUUAGAAUCAUUAAAAGAAGUCAACAGACAAGCGACACAGGCAUCAGCAGUAACAUCACCAGUGUCAGCUGUCAUCCCAGAGGUUACUUCUGCCACAAGAAAGUCACCCACUGACAUCAGGAAUCAAGUAACUGUUAGUGAUAGAUAUCGAUACAUUGCUCCGUCACCUCAGACAUCAGCCGGGGCAGCUGUAGCCGUAGCUGGUUCCACUACCCCAACGUCUGCACUGCCACCCCAGCAACAUGUUCAGACUUCACCUGUCAAGUCGACUGCGCCUGUCAUGGUGCAGUCUAUUAACCCAGCACCGUCACAAGUAUUGCAGGUAUUAAAAAUUACAAUCACCACCCAAGAUUCAACCACUUUUGUAAUAUAUUAUUUAAGUUAAAUGUCAGGAGACAAGAAUAUUUCGCAAUUGUAGCUACUGUAAGCACUGCACAUGAUUUUAAGAUAAGUUGCUGUGGUGCAUUGCUUAAUGAAGGGUGCAAUUUUCUAAUCUUCCCAUUAAAUCAAGCCUGAGAAUUUUCAGUAUAUUAUGUUGGGCUCUCUCGGUGGAAGUGGAAUUUGUUCUCAGGGACAAUCCGUGAUUGUUCUCUAGCUCAAGCGCUGUGUAGUUCAUAAUUGCAGCUCUUUUGAUAUACAUAUUGUUUUGUUACUGUAGGUGCUGCAGAUUAAACAGGAACCAAAGCCUUCGGUUCCUGUUCCACCUUUACAACAAACACCUUCAAAUAUUCAGAUCACCCAAGUGCAUUCUGGGUCAUCAGCAGUAGCGGCAUCAACAGUAGCACCAGUUAACGUGAAGAUGGAGAAAGUUGACACGUGAGUUAGAACUUAACAACAUAAGCUUUUCCUAAUUAACAUCCAAAUCUGCAAAAAUUAGGUCACCUAGUAACAGGUAACAAGACAAAGCGGGUAGAUGACAGAGGAGUUUUUCUCCGGUGUAAUUAUUCCAAAGACUAAUGAACUUUAUUUAUCAGCAAUGACUUGGGGAGUUUAAUUACAAGUGUCCGUUUAAUACAGGUUGGCAACAAUAGAAAUGACCAUUUCAGGUACUUUUUAGGUGUCCGCGUCUGCUUAAUAAAGGUUUCAUUUAAAGUAAAUAAGGGAAAUAAAUAUUUGGUGACUUCGGCAUCGGCUACUGUCCGCUUAAUAGAGGGUGUCCGCUUAAUACAGGUUUCACUGUAUGUUGUAUGGUAUUGUAACUAAGCUGUGUGGUAUUGUUUCAGGCCUCUUGUAAAUGGCAUCAAGAGAAUACGUAAUGACAAUGAUGACGUCAUUGAGCAACCGCCCAAACAGAAACCCCGGGUCGAGAAGGAAGUUAUCAUUAUCGACGAUCCAACCCCUCCCCCUCCACCAGAGGAAGAAAAAGUCGAACCGGAAAUAAACCGUGAUCUUGCUGUAGACGGUGUUGACAAAGACUUGAUAAUUAAACUAAGAAAAUUGAGCCCAGAAGAACAGUGGAUCAAACUUGCAAAAUCUGCACAACAGUUAAGAUAUUUGCGGGAUAAUGUGUGCAAACUGUUACGAGUUCUUGUACCGGAAAUAGACCUCGGAGACAGAACGGAAAUACUUGACAACACAACUGUGGAUGAUCUCUUAAAGCAGGUUUUGGAGGCCAAUAUACAGCCGCCCAGUUCAACAAACUCGUGAUCAACGUCUUCAUCGACUGCUUUUUAACCUCGUUUCUGCUCCCACUUUUUGUGAUGGAUCCACCACUCGUGCACUUAAUAGGAAUGUUUGGUUGAUGAUUCAUGUCAGUGGGAUAACUUUGCAAUAGUUCUGUCAAGGAAUUUGUUUCUCCUCCGUUUUUAAAGCGUAAUGAUAUCAUGGACUCGGGGAAAGAUACCUGAAAAACCUUGCUAUAAUAAGAGUGGCUCACACCAGAUGCAAAUAACAACAUUUUAAUAAUAUCGGUGGAGUGAUUUUAUAUUUACUAGUCGUUAUUUUCAAUGAUUUAUAUAUUUGUGCUAGCUUUCAACAGAAAAAUAUUCUCUGUUGAUUUUGUAAAUAUAAACUCUUCCAAAAAGGUUUUUAAAA